AUGGCCUCAUGGAGGACUGAGGGUUUGACUCAUGUGGGGGUGGAGGCGACUUCUGCACCUUCAGUACAUGAACACUUUCCAUCUGCGAGGCUUCACACAGACACCGUGAUGCCCCCUUUUCUUUCCUGUAAAUUGAGGAUGAAAAGAACUGAGUCACUGAGUAUAACACCUUUGUGUCCAGUGACAGUGAUGAACCGAGAGUGUCGGGGAGGGCCACAGGUCCCGCGCGCAGGCCCCGCCACGGGAAACCCCCGCGCCACGUCAAAGAAAAAAGGACUGAGUGCAGAAGAAAAGAGAGCCCGCAUGAUGGAAAUAUUUUUUGAGACAAAAGAUGUAUUUCAAUUAAAAGACAUGGAGAAGAUUGCUCCCAAAGAGAAAGGCAUUACUGCUUUGUCAGUAAAAGAAGUACUUCAAAGUUUAGUUGACAAUGGUAUGGUUGACUGUGAGAGGAUUGGAACUUCUAAUUAUUAUUGGGCUUUUCCAAGUAAAGGUCUUCAUGCAAGGAAAUGCAAGUUGGAGGUUCUGGAAUAUCAGUUGUCUGAGGGAAGCCAAAAGCAUGCAAACCUACAGAAAAGCAUUGAAAAAGCUAAAAUUGGUCAACAUGAGAUGGAAGAGUGAACUAUGCUAGCAAAAGAACUUUCCUCACUUCCGGACCAAAGGGAACAGCUAAAGGCAGAAGUAGAAAAAUACAAAGAAUGUGACCCACAAGUUGUAGAAGAAAUAGGUCAAGCAAAUAAAGUAGCCAAAGAAGCUGCUAACAGAUGGACUGAUAAUAUAUUUGCAAUAAAAUCUUGGGCCAAAAGAAAAUUUGGACUUGAAGAAAAUAAAAUUGAUAAAAAUUUUGGAAUUCCAGAAGACUUUGACUACAUAGACUGAAAUGCUUGAUGGUGGUGAAGGAUGGAUCUAUGAGCUUGUGAAUAUGUAAAUUUAUAAAUAAUAG